AUGCCACGCUCACUUCGGAUGACUGAAAAUAUGAACAAUAACGCUCCCCCAAAAAAUGAUCACGCGUGCCUUUGUUCAGGCCUGCGCCGGCGUGCCUCUGCCGCCAGAUGGCGCCCUCGCGCGCGCUCGGAAUCUAGGUUAAAUGUGCGCGCGCACGCCCAGGGGGAGCAUCUGCGCGCACGCACGCGCGCGCACCCGGGGAGGACGCCGCCUCCCUCCCGCCAAACAACGGACGAAGAGGAGGACGAGAAGAAGCUGAAGGAGGAGAAGAAGAAGAAGCGGAGCAUGAAGAAGAGCAACCACGCAGGACCGGGCCCCCAGGACCCGGCCCACCCGGGCCCGGCGCAGCCGGACAAGUCCGGCUGGCUGAGGAAGUUCUGCGGCCGCGGGAUCUUCAGGGAACUUUGGCGGAGUCGCUACGUGGUCCUCAGAGGAGAACACCUGUUCAUAUCGGACAAGGAGGUGAGGGACGAGCGCAAGGCUCAGGAGGUUUUGGACCUGGCCGACUACGAGCGCUCCGAAGAACUGCGGAAGGCCAAGAGCCGCAGCAAGAAGAACCACAGCCGCUUCACGCUCAUAAGAUGCCGGCGGCCCGGGAACGCGGUUCAAAACCUUCUCUUCCUGGCCGUCAGUCCAGAGGAGAAAGAGUCGUGGAUCAACGCUCUAAAUGCCGCCAUCGUCAAGGCCAAGAACAGAGUUCUGGACCAGGUGACCAUGGAGGGGGACACGUUGGUCCAUCCCACCAGAGACCGGGCCAAGAUCCCGCAAGGGCGCCGUCUUCCCACCCGUGGACACCUCAUGACCGUGGCCUCCUCGUCCUGUCACGGCAUGCUGACCCUCGACCUGGUGGCCGAGGAGGAAGGCUUCUCCUCGGAAUGCGACGCCGGCUCCUGGGAGAACGUGUUCCGGGCGGGCUCCUACGGGCAGGUGACGGGGGCCGGGGGUGGCGGGCGUCAGCGCUCGGGGACGGACGUGUCCAGACUACGCGUCCGGACCAAAGAACCCAAAGUGAAGACGGGAAGUCUUCCCCGAGGAAGCGAGCGAUCGUGGGGAAAAUAUUCCCACCUGGAAGCCUCCAAGGUGCACAAGAGCCAGCAGCUGCAGGUCAGGAGAACCAAAAGAAAACGAAGUCAGACUCUUCAUUUAAGCAUUGUCUUCUUUCAGGUUCUCCACAACCAUUCCAGAACUCCUCAGCCUGGGAAGAGGACCAGCAUCGCAGGUCGGAGUCGAUGCGCCUCCAUGGAUGAAGUCCUCUCCUCCAGGCCGGCGAUGAUUCGCUCCGAGUUGCGUUGGGCUCUCGGCCGACGGCCGGGGGACGAGGAGGGCGGGUCCUCGGUCCAGCCGGUGGGUCAACUGCAGAGUCUCAUCGCGCAGAAGAUGCAACGAGCGCAGGAACUGCUGGAGGAAAUCCGAUUGCAGGAACUGCAGAAGGCCAAAGCGGAGCGAGAGAGAGGAGGAAGCUCAACAUUUGGGAAGGGGGUGGAGUCUCCUCAUCUCCAUCACCUCAGGGCCGGAGACUCGCCUCGUUCCAGGUCAUCCUCGUCUCCUCGUAGCCGCAACGGCGACUCUCCCGGCCACCGACGAAAGGACUCUCCGCGACUGAGGGGUCGGGAAUCACCGCGCUCCAAAGCCCGCAAAAAUCGUUCCCGGGAUGUCGAUUCUCCUCGGUCCCGAGGCUCUCGCUCUCCCGCUCGUGCCGCUGACCCACCUCGUCCGACCGCCUCUCCACGCAACAAAAGCUGCGACAGCACCUCCGAGGCGUCCGAUCCACCGGCGUCCCCACUCCUCCGCCUCGACCCGGACAAAGGCCCCGCGGAUUUUCCGGCGGAAUCGCCGUCGUCGCUCCACACUGGUGACAAUUCUUCCUGCGCCAGCCACAACAAAUCCAAGAACCUUCAGGAGUCGCCGGACGACGCUCAAACCAAAACGCCCCAAAAGACGGCGAAAGAAGAGGAGGAGCUCCAAAAGAGGCGUGCGGAGGCUGAGCGCCUCCUGCUGGAGGCCAUGUGUUCCUGGCAGGAGGCGCAGGAAGUGCUGCAGGAGGUGAAGGAGCUGCAGAGCCACACGCUGCGACGCCAGCGCAGGAGGACCUACGAGAAGAUGACGCCGACCGCGCCCACCUCGCCCAUCGCGCCAACCUCGCCCGAGGCCUCGGGAGACGCCGACACGUGCGACGUGGCGACGUCGCCCGAGGACGUGUCCGAGUCGCCUUGAUCCAUCCUUCUACUCAGGAAUUUUCUACUUUUGUUCCACGUUGCAGAGCGGGAAUCGUGCUCGUCUUCAACCAGCGCAACAUUUGACCAAAUCCGUCACCGUGACUUCACGUGACUCGUUCGACUCCACUUGAUUCCGUCUGACUCCACGUUCCUCGAUCUGCCUCCAUUUGAGUUUGCGCAGGACUCCACAGCAGCUCCGUCGGAUUCUCUUUUCGACUCUGUUUCGGGUCACACGCGACUCUUAUUUCACGCCGCUCUUAUCCCGCCUGCCUCGACGCGGCGAGGUCACCCGGGGGAGGGGGGGGCGAGUGAGCCACCUUGCGCUCCCGACUCAGGAAUUUUCCGCUUUUCUUCCACUUUGGAGGGCGACGCGUACCUUUUUAACCAGCACGGAUAUUACCAGCAGAAGAAGGAAAACAAAAAUGACUCGCUGCUGCUGCACUUUUCAACUGUGAUGACUUUUUUUCUUCUCUUUUUUCCAGAGCUAACUUUUCUAGCGGAAAACUAGGAAGUGUCUCUGCCUCGGGCUUCUUGCGAAGUCGCACGUUUGUCGGAGCACGAACCUUGUUACGAGCGCCGUAGACGCGGCAAAAUGGCUUCCGAUUUAUUGCAUCCAAUCGGUUGGUUUGUAUGAAAUUUUUCCGGGUAAACUUUUUCAAGUCACCGAGCAGAUUUUUCACGCUAAUGCAACGAUGUCAUCGGCAAAAGUCCUCAUCGGCACAGAUGUCAUCAAAAACUUUCAAACUUGAACUCUAGUCCAAGUCCGUUCGACGGCAAUGCAAGCAACAACAACAAAAUAGUGGUACCUUGAGGUUCAGAAUGCUAACAAACAAUCCAAAACACCUUUGAAAUGCUAAUGUUAGCAUCGGUAGUUGUGAUUUUGUUAUGUGUCUGCACGGUAUACGGUGCUGCCUCCCGGUGGCCAAUGCAGGCGCAACAGAAGGAGCAGCGCAGUCAAUUAGAUUGCAGCAUGACUUUUUUUUUUUUUAAUAAAUAUAAAGCACAAUAGUAUAGAGCUCGUGGACCUACGUCAUCAAAUCACGUGACUUUUGUUUGCGUCGCCAUAUUGCCAGUCAAGCUAAGCUUUGCUCAAUGCUAAGUCGGUUGGCGACAAGGAAAUACGUCUUGUAGCACUACGCCCAGUCUUGUCCGAUACCGUCAGACAUUAAGGUGAAAAUAAUCGACGGUACGUGGAAAAAUUAGAUAAACUCGGCAUGGGGGACCCGUAUUUAAUGCCGAAAUCAAUGUUUUCGCCAAUAAGAAAUUGGACUGUUAGUUCGCUUCUGCUUGUCUUGGACAACCGGAUCGACACAUGGCUACGGUGAGGAAGUCGUCGAGAUCUGCACGGAAAUGUUUGAAAGCGCACAAAAGUCUGGACGCAUACGAAUACUUUGUUGCUGGAUCUGUUCUCAUCAUGAAUAUAUCCCACAUAGUGACGGUUUUGACGGCUCGUGAGCGCGGAGGCGUCUCCGGCCACACGUUAACCUUUGCCGGAAUCCGUCGAUCUUUUCAGUUAGUAUUCAAUACAAAUGCCAAUAUUUAAACGAAUUUUGGUGUUUAAUUGCUGAAAUCCAUAUUUUCUGAUGGUAUUCCAUGGAAUGAUCUAUUUAAAUAUGUCUCAUCUGUUGUGACAAAACAGCACAACAGGUCUCUGGUAUUGAAAAUAUUCUGCUCCGGUUCAACGUCCCCCACAAUGUCGAGCAGCUCCGUUUGACCUGCAAUAUGGCGCCGUGAAAAUGGCGACGUCACGUGCACGAGCUCUAUAAUAUUUUUACUUAUUACUAACUUUGAGGGCAAUCAAGAGUAAACUCAUAUCUC